UGCAAACAUCCGAGCUAGCUCCAACCGCUAGCUAACUACGUCUUCUGGAGAUAUUCAGCCGUCCAAAUCACACCAUGUCUUCAAGAACUCUGCCUCUGCUGUUCAUCAACCUCGGCGGAGAAAUGCUGUACAUCCUGGACCAGCGGCUCCGAGCUCAGAAUAUCCCUGCUGACAAAGCUAAGAAAGUGAUGAAUGACAUCAUCACCACCAUGUUCAACAAAAAGUUCCUAGAGGAGCUUUUCAAGCCACAGGAGCUUUACUCCAAAAAGGCUCUACGGACUGUGUUUGACAGGCUCGCCCAUGCCUCGAUAAUGAGACUCAAUCAAGCUAGCAUGGAUAAGCUCUAUGACUUGAUGACCAUGGCUUUCAAGUACCAGGUGCUCCUCUGUCCCCGACCCAAGGACAUCCUCCUCGUCUCCUUCAACCACAUGGAUGCAAUCAAAGACUUCGUGAAAGACACUCCCAGCAUUCUCAGCCAGGUUGAUGAGACGUACCGACAACUCAUAGAGAUGUAUACACCCUUGUCCAGUGGGGAAUUCCAGCUGAUCAGACAAACUCUUCUUAUCUUCUUCCAAGACAUGCAUAUAAGGGUGUCAAUUUUUUUAAAGGACAAAGUGCAAAACUCCAAUGGUCGCUUUGUGCUUCCUACCAGUGGUCCCGUGCCUUAUGGAACACAAGUCCCUGGCUUGAUAAGGAUGUUUAGCUGUACUGGUGAAGAGAUGUCCAGACUGCAGUUCAGUAAUGGAGGAAACUACACAGCUGCUUUCCGGGAGGGAUCUUUUGAGAUAUUUGGAGAUCGGGUCACCAAACUUGGCACAAAUAUGUAUAGUGUAAGCCGCCCAGUGGAAACCCACAUGUCUGGAACAUCUAAAAAUUCUGCUCAGCACACUAAGGUCAGCGCUGCUCCCAACCCUCUGGCCAAAGAGGAGCUGAAUUUGUUGGCCAAGUUAAUGGGAGGGUUAGAAGUUCAGAAACCAGGAAAUGCAGACAGCCGCUUCCGAGUCAACCUCUUCGCCACAGACGAGGAAGAAGAAGAGGCAUUAAUAUCAAGACCAGAUGAGCUCUCAUAUGGAGUCAUAAACAUCCAAGCAACAAAGGACCAGCAGGCCAAUGCAGAACUGGCCAAGAUCAUGGGGGAGUUCACAGAGUCUGGGGAUCAAUCUCCCAGUGCUAGCAGCAAAGGAGACGACCUUCUGGCCAUGAUGGACGGCCUGUGACAUGGUCGCCCUGACAGAAAUGCCCAGGGGGAUGGGGCACAAUGCAUCGUCAUCAGUCUGUUCUUCUACUGUAGACCAGUCAGCUGUCUGCACCUGCACACACACUGCAGCAACCUCACACGCAGCCAGAAAACCUUGGUCUCUGGGUGCUUUUAAAAUGCAGAUGUGAGCAGGUGUUCCCAAUGACCUAUGGCUAAUUUGCAUAGUUAACAACGGAGAAUGUGGUGAGCCAAGCUUUAAGCUGUAAUACACUGUAAUAGUAUGUUUAUGUAAACUGAAGAGAGUUUCAGUGCACCAAAAUAUACAGUAGACCUACUGUAUAUCAGUGUGAUGAACAUGUGUAUGUGGUAAUGGCAUAACAUCUGUAUAAUGAUUUGCGUUGUUGAAAAUCAGUCCAACUGCACUGCUUUACACAAAAUACACAGUCCUUUAAUUUCACACGAUGUCACACGAUUUUUUAAGGUUAAUAAUACAUCUCAGUUUUAGUUUGUUUAAAGGUUUAUAGUUCACAAUACCAAGUUUUACCGUGUAAAGAGCGAGUUUGUUAACUUAUUUUCUGUUCUUAUAAACAAAUGCUAUUCUGAUGGAAUUGGAGGAAACCCAAGUGCUCUUUCUAAUGUGAUUCAAAUCCCCUCAAAAUAUUUAUUUUGGUAAGAAAUGUGUUUAUGUUGCGUUACACUGUACUACCUUAAAACAGUGUGAGGAGCAACGUGUAAGACAUUUUUCACAACCUUGUAAUGUCUCUAGUGUUGAGCUAUGGCUCAUUGAUGAGCACAUUAUUAGGACAUAGAGAAAUGCAAUAUGAGUAAUUGUCCGAUAUGUAAAUAUGUUUAUUGCAUACUUUAUUUAUUUGAAUGUAUAAUGUUGUAUAGGGACUUGCAUAUUGCUACAGUUG